AUGAUUCCGAUAUGGAAAUUUCUGAUCACAUAUGUGCAUGAUCCGAAAACUGUGGACCAUGUUAAAAAGAAUUUGAUGUUGAGUGGAAAAAAGGUUCAAAAAUCAUUGGAUGUCGAAAGAAAAAAGAGACAACAACUUGUCAAACAAAUUGAAGAAGUUAAAUCAAGGAUAAACGAAAUUAAAGCUAAAGGAAUACCAAACACUGAAUUUGAAAUUAUGGAACUGAGGAAAAAAAUCAAAGUACUUCAAUCAUCUGUACAGAAUCAAAAGAAACAGGAAGACCAAACUACAAAAGAAAAUUUCUUAGUUAGAGCUUUUGAAGAAAAGUGUAAAUUUGACACUUCCGUGUUGAGUGAAUAUAGCCAGAAAUUGGCCAUAUCGUAUGACACAAUGAAAAGAAUUAACAAUGUAAAUAUUAGCGAGGUUAGAAAAAUAAUAGAAGAAUUUGUAAAUACUUGUGUUAAAACUUUGAGUAAGGAAUUGAAUAUAGAUAUCAGUGAGAUUGAUUUUGCUUCCCUAAAAAUCAAAGAACUGCUUACUCCACAGAUUUUGGAACAUGCUCAAGAAAUACUCAAAGAGCAGUCGAUAUCUAUUCGCCACUCGUUUGAGAAUUCUCACACUCUUAAGGAUGCUGACAAGGAGAGGAUUCAGCAAAUUGAAAAUGCAUUGGAGGAGGAAAGAAGAAGACAUAUCACCAGAUUUUCAGAAACUCAAUCUUUGUCUAAUAUCUCUCAAGACCUUAAGAUAAAAUUUGAAAGGCUAAACGAGGAAAUAAGAGAAACAGGACUCACCAUCUUUGGUGAGAAAUCAAUUUAUGUUGAGGAAAUGAGAAAAAAUGAAAUUGAACUUUCUCAAUUCAGAGCAGUACGAGCUGUACUAGAGGAUUAUAUUGCUUGCCUUACAGAAGAAAGGGAAAAAAGAAAAAUUGUAAGACAAAGCCUUCCUGUCAAACAACAAGAAAUCAAUAGUCUGAGACAAAAACGAAUUCAAAAAUAUGACAAGGUUGAGACACUAAUUCAAGAAACCAAUACAUUGGUGAAUAUUUUGCCUCAGAAACAAGAACAAGUUCAUAUGUUUUUGCAAGACAGAAUACCACCAAUUACAGAACCAUUCGCUAAUGUUUUGGAGACAUUUGGCAAUAUUGUUGAAACUGAAUUAUGGAGAGAAACGAUUAUUAAGGAAAGAUCUUUCGAUAUUUGCCAGAGAAGAGCUAGGAGGGAAACUGAAAAAAAUACUAGACAUUUUAGAAUUUCCUGA